GGAAUUAUUCAAACACUGGUUGCGUGACCCACAUGUAACCUGUCCUAUUAUUAAGCAACCCCGUGAUCAAGAAAAGGAACACAUAUUGCUGAAUAUGUGAAUUAAGCUUCGUAAGUGAAUAGUGAAGAACGAGUUGAUAUUUUGUGUUGCAGAUCAAGACAGGUAACAAGACUGUUCCACAGGACUUUGUCAGUCUUCUGUUAAGAGAUGGUGACCUAUAAUGAGUUUUGAGCUGGGCACAUUGGACCUGGCAGAGAUGGACAACACGAUGAAUAGUUCUGACAUGAAGACCCUGUCAACCCUGGACCACCUUUACCUCUCCUCCCUAGAGCACAGCCUCAACAGUCCCCACCACCACAGCCCAGACAGAAACCACUUAUUCAACCACAGCUCAGACAGAUACUACUCAUUUAACCACAGCCCAGACAUAAACCACUCAUUCAACCACAGCCCAGACAUAAACCACUCAUUCAACCACAGCCCAGACAUACACCACUCAUUCAACCACAGCCCAGACAUAAACCACUCAUUCAACCACAGCCCAGACAUAAACCACUCAUUCAACCACAGCCCAGACAUAAACCACUCAUUCAACCACAGCCCAGACAUAAACCACUCAUUCAACCACAGCCCAGACAUAAACCACUCAUUCAACCACAGCCCAGACAUAAACCACUCAUUCAACCACAGCCCAGACAUAAACCACUCAUUCAACCACAGCUCAGACAUAAACCACUCAUUCAACCACAGCCCAGACAGAAAUCACUCAUCCAACUACAGCCCAGACAUAAACCACUCAUUCAACCACAGCCCAGACAUAAACCACUCAUUCAACCACAGCUCAGACAUAAACCACUCAUUCAACCACAGCCCAGACAGAAAUCACUCAUCCAACUACAGCCCAGACAUAAACCACUCAUUCAACCACAGCCCAGAUAGAAAUCACUCAUUUAACCACAGACCAGACAGAAACCAGUCAUUUAACCAAAGCCCAGAUAGAAACCAGUCAUUUAACCACAGCCCAGACAGAAACCACUCAUUCAACCACAGCCCAGACAGAAACCACUCAUUCAACCACAGCCCAGACAUAAACCACUCAUUUAACCACAGCCCAGAUAGAAACCAGUCAUUUAACCACAGCCCAGACAGAAAUCACUCAUCCAACCACAGCCCACACAGAAUCCACUCAUUCAACUACCCAUACAACUACACAUACAGUUCGUUAAAAGAGGAGUCCAUGUCCCCUCUUUGGUCUAGCAACUGUAGUGUUGUCAGCCUGUCCAGACGCACUCUUCACUCCAAGUCCCCCACUUACACAGACCCCAGCACUCUGCUCUACAUUGACUGCAGAGUGUGUGGGGACACGGCCUCAGGCUUCCACUAUGGAGUCCAUGCCUGUGAAGGAUGCAAGGGAUUCUUCCGAAGAACCAUGAGGUUAAAACUGGUGUAUAACCACUGUGAUCUGCAUUGUCGGAUUCACAAAAAGAGCCGGAAUAAAUGCCAGUACUGUCGCUUUCAGAAAUGUCUGCUUGUGGGCAUGUCACGCGAUGCCAUCCGCUUCGGCCGGAUGCCCCAGGAGGAGAGAGAGAAGCUGCUGACUGAGUUUAUGGAUGUGUCCCCCAGGAGCCCAGAGUCAGCGGACUUGAGAGCCUUGUCCAGACAGCUGUGUCUGUCCUAUCACAGACACUUUCCCCUGACCAAGAGCAGGGCCAGAGCCAUCCUGUCUGGGAAGACCCACGGAAACUCACCGUUUGUCAUCCAUGACAUGAAGUCCCUGACAGCGGGUCAGGACUUUAUAAACAGUAGACAGUUCCCUUUCCUGGAGCACCAGAGGUCUGUCCUGCCCCCUCAAGAGCCUGCCGGGGAGCUGGAGCUCUUCUUUUUCCGGCAGGUUCAGUUCCGCACCGCCGAAGCUGUACGAGAAAUCAUAGAGUUUGCCAAGAGUAUCCCUGGGUUGACAGAGCUGGACAUAAAUGACCAGGUGACCCUGCUGAAGUACGGGGUCAUCGAGGUCAUGUUGAUCAUGCUGGCGCCGCUUAUGAACAAGGACGGCACACUGUUCGCCUACGGACAGAUCUUCAUGACCCGGGAGUUCCUCAAGAGUCUGAGGAAGCCCUUCUGUGAGAUGAUGGAGCCAAAGUUUGAGUUUGCGGUAAAAUUCAACGUGCUGGAGCUGGACGAUAGUGAUACAGCGCUCUUCCUCGCUGUCAUCAUCCUCAGUGGAGACCGUCCAGGCCUGGUGAAUGUGAAGCCCAUCGAGGACCUCCAGGAGGCAGUACUGCAGGCCUUGGAGCUGCAGUUGAAGACCAUCCACCCAGACUGCCCCCAGCUGUUUGCCAGGCUGCUGCAGAAGAUGACCGACCUGCGGCCGCUGGUGGCUGACCACGUCCGGCUCAUCCACCUGCUCAAGAAGCAGGAGCUGGAGACGUGUCUGCACCCCCUACUACAGGAAAUCAUGAGGGACCUGUACUAGAGUAGUGGGAGACUCAGGUUAACAGCUAUGAAGAAAAUAAGACUAUACAGCAGUGGAGGCUGCUGAGGGGAGGACAGCUCAUAAUAAUGGCGCAAAUGGAAUCAAACACAUGGAAACUGCAUUUAACCCAACCCUCUAAAUCAGAGAGGUGCGGAGGGCUACAUUAAUCAACAUCCACGUCAUCUGUGCUGAUGGACCAGUGGGUUAACUGCCUUGCUCAGGGGCAGAGCGACAGAUUUGACCUUGUCUGCUCUGGGAUUCAAUCCAACAACCUUUUGGUUACUGGCCCAAUGCUCCUACCCACCAGGCUACCUGCUGCCCAUAUUGGUGGUACCACCAACAUCCUGUGCUAUACAGUAGAGUUUUAUCCAACUAGUGUGUUUAUUAUAACAAUAUGCAGAACCUCAUAGGUCUUUAUCUCGCCAGAUCUGUUGGUGCUUUGGUCAACUCUUCUGUCAUGUAUAUAAUAGCAGCAAUAGUCACUGAGACCAGGCUAGUUUUCAUCAGGCUCUCAGUUAAAGCAAAUGUCUGGCUUCACAGGUGACCUCCAUGACAAGUGAGGGUUAAGUCUGUUUUCUUGGGACUUGUUGUUUAAUAGAAGGAUCUGUGAACUCUAUUUAAACAAUAAUGAACGAGGGGGUGUGGUUUAUGGCCAAUAUACCAUGGCUAAAGGCUGUUCUUAUGCACGACGCAACGCUGAUUGCCUGGAUACAGCCAUUAGUCGUGGUAUAUUGGCCACAUACCACAAAACCCCUAGGUCCCUUAUUGCUAUUAUAAACUGGUUACCAACGUUAUUUGAACAGUAAAAAUAAAUGUUUUGUCAUACCAGUGGUAUACAGUCUGAUAUAUCACGGCUUUCAGUCAAUCAGCAUUCAGGGCCCAACCACCCAGUUUAUAAUACAUUAUGAAUGAUUCAUUACUGAGCUUCCUAACAUCUUGCUGUAACUGCAGCUAUUCUGUCUUUUACCAUGCUUUUUAAUUAAAGGGAUGAAAGGAGAAUUGCUUUUAAUUACAGGACAUUUAUUGGGGCAUCCUAAAAUAAAAUAAGCAGAUACCUACAGGUGUUAUAUACUGUGAAACACAAUGUGUGUUAUCAUAAUACAUUGUUCAUGAUGUCUUUUUUUAUGUAAGUUUCCAUGUCUUUGAAGCAUUUUUGAGAGGUUAGAUGAGUGUCUGUUAGUUUCCAUUUCCUCAACUUCACCCCCUCUAAACAUUUCAGUGUAUAAUGUAACAUGUACUACCAUGGAAAUAUGCUAUCCUGUGUUAUGUAUAAAUCACCUGUAUAAACAAUACUAAUAUCCUUCCUGAUAAAUACUUAAAGUACAUUUUAAUGUUGCCAUCGCGUGGUGAAUAUGUCAGAGAUGCUAUCGGCUUCAUGAUGUUAUGCAAUGUCUUGAUAUUCCACUGUUGCUGGGGCAAAACGUGUCAGUGCUCGUUUUAAGGUAAUGAUUGGUAAGUGUUUUUCUGUUGCUCACUAGAAAAACGAGAUUUCAGUCUCGGAGGUGUUUCCUGGCCGAUUCCGCGUUUGGUUAAUGAUGUUUGUCCCCCAUAAGCCACUGUAGACGCAGAAGCCUAUUUCACUUCCUCAAAAUCCUCAGAAUGAAUCUAUGACAACUCAAGAAAUCAGUAAUAAAUGUUCACGUUUUUGCUGAUAAUAUUUUAGUUGCUCAAUUUUUCAUCUAACUGACAUGUUUGGUGCAGUAUUUCUCAAGUUAAUAAAUGUGCGGUGUGUUGUCUUACGUAAACAAAGUCGUCUUAUAUAAACAGUGGGAGCUGCUGGGCAGGUCUAUCUCACUGUCUAUGCUAUUGGAUAGAGAACAAUCGCCGCAGCUGUUCACCCCAUGUUAGUGGGCAAAUGGACAUCGUCAAAUCAAAACCCAACCUUAAUUUAACCGUUGUGUUGCACGGAUGUU